GAGUUUUCGAGUCGAGUCGAGCUCAGCAAUACUCGAGCUUGACUCAGCUCAUUUACACCCCUAUGUAUGAUUAUGCUGAAAUCAGCUUAUCUGCAUUCUCCGGAGGGGAGGAAAAGAAUUCAGAACAUGAUUCAAACAGGGCAGGAACUGAAUGAUUUGGAUCAGCUAGAGUUGGGACCAAUGAGGACGCUACUGUAUGGGGCUAUUGCUUGUGCUUGUGCCGAAGUUGCUACUUAUCCAUUUGAAGUUGUGAGAAGACAGUUGCAAUUGCAAGUCCAGGCAAGCAAAAUGGGUGCGCUGGCAACUGGUGUGAGGAUAGUUGAGCAAGGAGGUAUUUCUGCUCUCUACGCUGGGCUAAUUCCCAGCUUGCUACAAGUAAGUGGAUAAGCUUUAUAUUAAAAUCUCACAAAUC